AGGCUGCCUGCUUGUCUAACAGCGAUCUAUACUGCACAAAACGUUUCAAGAUGUUCCUGUGUUAGUUCGCUAGUUGAAUCGUUCGCGAACGAGAACCCGUUCGAAUUUAGCGCGAAAAAACAACACACGUUUCCAAUCAAGAAAAUGCUUUUUUAAAGCGGGUCUUAUCGAAAAUCUCGAGAUAUGACGGAAAUCUGCAGGAGAACCUAGAUUGGGUUUUGCAAAAAUGUCCACGUUUUCUUGUGCAGUGGUUAUUGCAGUGUUUUUGUUUUUCGUCAAAGUGGCAGAUGGGGCAGUUCAAACCAACCAAAGCCUUCAAUAUCACUAUGUGUGUCCAAAAAACUUUGAAAACGUUGGAAGAAAAUGCUAUCAUUUCAGCAAUACGACGGCCACCUGGUUUCAAUCCUACUUUGGCUGUAGGGAUUAUGUGGGCAGCAAUUUGACCGUAUUCAUCGAUCGCUAUGAUCAGAAGCAGUUGGAGAAUUUUCUGUUCAGAAGCCGAGGCAAAAAUCGAGUUCAAGCCCUGCAUUCCUAUUGGGUGGGAGGAUUCAAAGACUGGAAACAGAAGAAAUGGAUAUAUACCGAUGGAUUAUUGAUGCAGUACCCAACGUUCAAGGAAAUUCACAUGAGCGAACGAGAUAAUUGGACAUGUUUGCUCAUUGAUGGCGUGAGGAAAAGAUGGAAAGCAGAAGACUGCAUGGAACGUCGCCCGUUUAUCUGCGAAACCAAAUCGAUAGCAUCGGUUGUUUUGCAUGUUGUGGAUAAGAAAGUGAAGAAAAAGAUCACGAUUGACGAGUGUAUUAGCAAUUCAGCUACAUUGACUAACAAACAGAGAAGAAAGUGCCUCAAAUUGCUGGAAGGAGAUGCGAAAAACACGAAUCAAAACGUUUUAAAUGAACCGGCAGCAGUAAUACAGCAGGCCAAACCAGCCUAUUCAAAUCAUCCCACUGUGAUCAGAGCGAUAAGUCAUAUUUGUCCUCAAAAUUGGAUGUCACUGGGUAAUCAGUGCUAUCUCUUCAGCAAAGAGAGGGUGACAUGGUCAGAUGCACAUUUCAAUUGCGGUCAGAUUAAUGCCAAACUAGUCAUGAUUCGCUCGAAAGUCCAAGACCAAAAGCUGAGGAUAUUUCUCAAUGGAUUCACAGAGAAACAAGAACGUUGGAUUGGCGGUAGGUACAAUGUGAAAACAGGUGAAUGGAUUUGGGCAUUGAAUGGAAAACCAUUGAAAUAUAAUGGAUUCAUUAAAGAACCCAUUCUUAAUGCAACUGGCUCGAUAGAUUGGCAAGCAAUAAUAAUGGACCCACAAUAUGGAUAUCGGUGGAGCUCUCGAAAUCAACUAGAAAGACAUUUCUACAUUUGCCAAGUGAAAGGUCGAGCAGUUAAACGACUAAACUACUCAAAACGGCCAUCGGCAACAAUAGAAAUAUCCCCUGAUCGACGCUUCCAAAAAAGAAUCUACUCAAACUCCAGACUGAAAAGCCGAAGCAGUAGAAGAGCAAAUCGCAACAAAAGAACGAGGAGAUGUUCCCGAUUAUCCACCUGCUAACUUUCAGCAAGCAACACGGAAAACAAAAAUAGUUGAGCUAAUUUAUGUUGAUCAUUUGCACUGCUGUUGAAAAAAAACGUAUAAAUCUAUUCAAAAUAGAAUUGUAUUCUUAAUCGUCUUAACUGAUAAAAGUCAAAGAUGCUUGCUGAAGGAAUACCGGAAUGGUUUUAAAUUGUGAGGAUCAACAUAUAUUUUUUAUGUUACAUUAUUAAAAUGUGAAUUCUUGCAUUUACAAUCUGUGUUCGUUAACUGCCAUGCAUACAUAUGAAAUAUGAACCUUUAAUAUAGAUUUAUUUAGUUAUUUGUAGAAAUAAACGUGCGAUAAUUCAUGUUCAUUAAGUUAUAUAUAUUUAUUACUUGCGGCUUAAGUGUAUCUGACACUGUAAAAAUGCGUUUGUAUAACUAUAAAUAUUUAAUAUAGUGGUGCUUAAUAAACAGUAGUGAAUAA